CUCAAGUCGUUGGAGCAGGGCUUGAACCUGCAACCUUAUGACUUAAAGACAAGUGUGUUAUCACUGAACAACAGCUGAACGCUGCCACUGAUAGAGGGAGGUCAGGCAGAUAGACUGAAGGGCAUGGGAGGUGGCUUGAUGCUGAAGGAAGUUGCAAAUAUAGGUUCUGGCAAAACCAAUGUACACCGUGUAGUAACAGAAAUAGUAGUAGGCCAUUUCGUCCCUUGAGCCUGGCCUAUACACCAUUUACCUGCCUUAGUUCCAUAUCCCUUGACACCCCUACCAAGCAAAAAUAUAUGGAUCUAGGCAGCCACGAAGAUUUUGAACAGAAUAUGUUUGGGGUCGGGCAGUCAAAGAAAAAGCUGUAUGUUAUUGAUAAUAUUGCAGUGGUUGCUUCCUGAGAUGCACUGCAGCUUUAAGGUUCUUCCCAGGGCAGCACCGUAUAUGAAAGGCAAGAUGAAGGGUUGAGGGUGAGACUGCGACUGCGCGCUACACAUUCAACGGGUGAACACAGUAUUAUAGGAAUCCCACGGCACACAAAACCGCGGAUACAGCCGGAAUCUGGUACCACCGUUGAUGUGGGCACAGAGGAAGUGGGGCAUUGCAAGAUGAGCUGCAACCAUUAGGAAGUAACUUUCUCCUUUUUAGUUUUUUUUUGCAACAUUAGCUUUUUACACUGCACAAGGCAAGAGUGAUGGUGGUUAUUUCAGGACACAAGGGAAGCGAACAGUCGGAUGAUACAAUGUCGGGCUCCGAUUCAAAAGACGGUGUUAGGAAGCCAGCUGCCAACCGACCUGCAAAUACACUGACUGUGCAAGAGGUGAGGACGAUGCAGCAUUGUAGAAGCAGCUGAUUUAGCGGCGCUUGUGCGGACUCAACUAAUCCGCAUUCUUUUAGUGCUGAGGGGUUUCCAGUGAAAUGCAUCCCUCCGCAAUAAUACGUCUUCGUCCAGGAUGGAUCAGGCUCCACAGGUAGAAAACGUUUCACAUAAACAGCAACCACCUCCGUGUUGUUGUUGAGAUAAAACCCGCCCCUUACUGGCCCAGUUAUCUCUUCGUUCUUCUGUGUGAAAACAGUUGGGCGAUGUUGCUUCACCAUUGGAUGUGCCGCCUCCCUCCACGUCAGUCUAGAUUCUCAUUGACAUCAGCUCAGUUUCCAGAGGUAGUUCCGCUGAAUGUAGGAGGCAUGUAUUUUACCACAAGACUGUCCACUUUGAGACGCUAUGAAGACACUAUGCUAGCAGCAAUGUUCAGUGGCCGACAUCGUAUUCCUACAGAUUCUGAGGGGCGAUUCUUUAUAGACAGAGAUGGGACCUUCUUUGGAGACAUUCUCAAUUUUUUAAGGAGUGAUGACCUACCACCUCGUGAGCGAGUAAGAACAGUUUACAAAGAAGCACAGUAUUAUUCUAUUGGACCACUUCUUGAGUGUCUGGAUGAAUUACAGCCCUUAGCCAGUGAAAAAGUCAGGAAGGCAUUUUUGGACUUACUGCCAUAUUACAAAGAGAAUUUGGAAAGGAUAAUUGAUAUUGCAAAACAAAGAGCAAUUCAACGAAAGGCAAGAUUUGCAAAGUUGAAAAUUUGUGUUUACAAGGAGGAGAUGCCAGUUACACCAUAUGAACGCCCUCUGUACAACUCACUACGCUUUGACAGAAGUGAGAAUGAUACAAAGCUCUUUGAACAUCACUGUGAAGUUGAUGUGUCGUUUGGCCCUUGGGAAGCCAUUGCAGAUGUAUAUGACCUUCUUCACUGCAUUGUGACAGACUUAGCAGCCAGAGGAAUUACAGUGGAUCACCAAUGCAUAGGUGUUUGUGAUAAGCACCUCAUAAACUAUUACUACUGCAAACGCCCAAUUUAUGAAUUCAAGAUUACCUGGUGGCUGCAGAGCCUGGUCAUAAUAAUACAUGGUGGCAGCGGUCUGCAAGCUGUUUACUGAAGAUCCCUGUCGAUA